GACUGUGUGUGUGUGUGUGUGUGUGUGUGUGUGUGUGUGUUUACUCCGGUCAGGACUGGACUCUCGUCAGUAAACACACACACACACUCACUCAUUUGUCAGUCAUUAACUCCAGCUUCAUCCUCAAACUUCAGCUUCUCGUCUUCAAACGUCGGUAAGAUCUGAUUGGCUGCAGCUGGGCGUGACAUCAUGAACGUGCGAUGGCUCUGUACGUCCUCUGCCGUCAUGCUGUGGUGUGCGGCAGUACUCAGUGUGUCCAUCUUCUCCGACCCUCCUGACGCCCACAUGCUGCUGCGCUCCCGUCGGGCUAACAGCUUCCUGGAGGAGCUGAAACCUGGCUCCAUGGAACGUGAGUGUGUGGAGGAAAAUUGUAACUUUGAAGAAGCCCGAGAAAUCUUUCAAACUGCAGAAGCCACACUGGAGUUCUGGAUGGUUUACACCGAUGGAUCGCAGUGUAAAUCUCACACUUGUGUCCACGGCACCUGUGUGGAUCUGUUCCAGUCCUUCGCCUGUCGCUGUCACCCUGGAUACGAGGGACGAUUGUGCGACCAGAUUGUUUCAGCCACAAACUGCUCGGUGGACAACGGCGGCUGUGACCACGACUGUGUGGUGAUCGAACACCGUCAAAGACGACAGUGCAGCUGCUCCACUGGGUACAAGCUGCACCAGCACGGCAGGAAGUGUAUACCAGAAGGAACCUCCUCCUGUGGCCAGCUGCUGAUUGGCAGGACAUCGUACACCAAACCCAAGGAUGGUCUGCUGCCCUGGAUGGUGGGAGGAGAGGUGGGGAAGAAGGGAGAGAGUCCGUGGCAGGUUCUGAUUCUGAACCCCAGUGGAGAGUUCCACUGCGGCGGCGUCCUCAUCGACGAGAGCUGGGUUCUGACCGCUGCCCACUGCCUCGAGAAAUACAUGAGGUUCAGAGUACGACUUGGAGACUACGAGCGUUACAGGGACGAAGGCACCGAGAAAACCCUGAAGGUCCAGCAGACCUUCAAUCACCCGGACUACGACUCCAUGACCCUGGACAACGACAUCGCCCUGAUGCGUCUGGAGAACCCCGCUCCGUUCUCCGACUACAUCCUUCCCAUCUGUCUGCCGAGCAAGGACUUGGCCGAGCGGGUCCUGCACCUCAAUGGUACCAUGACCGUGGUGACGGGCUGGGGAACCGAUGAACAGGACAGCACCCACUACGCCUCGGUGCUCAAUGUCAUCAAGGUGCCCCUAGUGGAGCACAGUGUCUGCUCAGCCCACAUGUCAAACAACAUUAGCCAAAACGUCCUCUGUGCUGGUUUCCUGGGACAGAGGAUGGACGCCUGCAACGGGGACAGCGGGGGGCCCAUGGUCACCCUGUACCGCAACACCUGGUUCCUGGUGGGCUUGGUGUCUUGGGGCGAGUCCUGCGGCCGUGUGGACAAACUGGGCAUCUACACCAAGGUGUCCAACUACAACGAGUGGAUCAACCGCGUGCGUGAAGAGUGGGACAAAAGUCAUGGUCCUCAACCGAGGGUUCCCGGUCCCUGAUCCGCCUGGAUCUGGUUCUCUGAGAUGAAGUUCUCAGAACCCCCUGAGAUGUUUCACACUCGAGUCAAUAAAGGUCGUCUCACCCACAA